AAGAGACUUCGACUCGAGUAACCCGUAAAACCCAAAACCCCAUUUGCAUAUCUUCUCCAUUGGAGACCACCGGCGUAUCAAAUGGAUUCAUCACCUUCCUCGCCGGCAACGCCGCUAAAAGCAGCUCACUUUAACAUACAACAAGCGAUUAAUAAACUCCAAAACCAAUGUUCUUCCUUUUUCCACAAUCUCCACCACCAACACUUCUCCAGCACCCCCUUCGUUAACUCCAACCCUGACUUUACCAAAUUUAACUUCGAAUUUGCCGCGCCGGAGGUUGGAAAUGUCUCUAAAAGGCCAACCGGUUCUCUAUCUUUUGCAAAGAACCCUUUAUGGGCUCGAAUUGCCGCCGAUAAGACUUUUGUCGGUGGUGGUGCUGGCAUGUCGGAUCAGGAUAUCGAACAGCGGUUAGCGGGUGUGCCCGUAUACGCUCUCAGCAAUUCUUCGGAGGAAUUUGUUGUGGUUUCGGGUCAAAAUCCAGUGAAGUCUCUAGGGUUAUUCUGUUUCAAGGAAGAAGAUGCCGAGACACUCCUUGGACAAAUGAAAUCCAUGGAUCCUAGAAUGCGCCCAGGUUCGAAAGUAGUCCCCGUUGCUCUUAGCAUGGUUUUCCAGCUUAAAGUUAAUGGGGUUUCCUUUAGGUUUAUUCCAGAAUCAUCGCAGAUCAAGAAUGCAAUUGAGGCAAGACGCAAGGCUGGUGUAUCAGAUGACAGCUUCUCUGGUGUUCCUGUUUUUCAGUCAAAGAGCUUGGUACUAAGGAGCCAAAACGAAAGAUAUCGUCCUGCUUUUUUUAGAAAGGAGGACCUUGAGAAAUCUCUAGCAAAAGCUUCUACUCAACAAAGACAUUUGAAUCCUGCCCUUAAGGUGGGUGACCUUGAAGUCGCUGUUCUUGAGGAUAUAAUACAUGGCAUGAAGGAUGAUUCUACAAGUGCUUGGGAUGAUGUUGUGUUCAUUCCUCCGGGUUUUGGUUUUGAUGGUUCAACUGACCAAUCAAGGGAGUAGGAAUUUAAUUAUAAAAUUGUGAUGGAAUUUAUUAAGUGUGUUAAGUAGUGUUUGGUAUGAUGGAGUUCGGGAAGGAAUGGAAUAGUUCAUUCCAUAGGAAUGAAAAAAACGUGGGAAUGGAAUGAAUAUUUGCAGUAAUACCAUAUAUACUUGUGUAAUUUGU